ACUGAGCGGGGCGAGACUUAGGGCAGGUUGGAGGUUUAUCCUGGACAUCCGAGUGUUGGAUGUCCACUGGCGCGGCAACCACAGACCCAGCCUCGAAGUCCAAGGCUGUGUGCCGCGGGCCACCACCAUGUCCACCCCUGGGGUCAAUGCGUCCGCCUCCUCUACCCCCGACCGUCCAAACAGCCCGGUGACCAUCCCGGCGGUGAUGUUCAUCUUCGGGGUGGUGGGCAACCUGGUGGCGAUCGUGGUGCUGUGCAAGUCGCGCAAGGAGCAGAAGGAGACGACCUUUUAUACAUUGGUUUGCGGGCUGGCCGUCACCGACCUGCUGGGCACGUUGCUGGUGAGCCCGGUGACCAUCGCCACGUACAUGAAGGGCCAGUGGCCCGGGGGCGAAGCGCUCUGCGAGUACAGCACCUUCAUCCUGCUCUUCUUCGGCCUGUCGGGCCUCAGCAUCAUCUGUGCCAUGAGUAUCGAGCGCUACCUGGCCAUCAACCACGCCUACUUCUACAGCCACUACGUGGACAAGCGGCUGGCGGGCCUCACGCUCGUCGCGGUCUAUGCGUCCAACGUGCUCUUCUGCGCGCUGCCCAACAUGGGCCUGGGCAGCUCGCGGCUGCAGUACCCGGACACCUGGUGUUUCAUCGACUGGACCACCAACGUGACGGCGCACGCCGCCUUCUCCUACAUGUACGCGGGCUUCAGCUCCUUCCUCAUUCUCGCCACCGUGCUCUGCAACGUGCUGGUGUGCGGCGCGCUGCUCCGCAUGCACCGCCAGUUCAUGCGCCGCACCUCGCUGGGCACCGAGCAGCACCACGCGGCGGGCCCCCUGGCCGUGCCCUGGGCCCCCUGCCGCGGCAACCCGGCCGCCGCCUCCCCCGCCCUGCCGCGCCUCAGCGACUUUCGCCGCCGCCGGAGUUUCCGCCGCAUAGCGGGUGCCGAGAUCCAGAUGGUCAUCUUACUCAUCGCCACCUCCCUGGUGGUGCUCAUCUGCUCCAUCCCUCUCGUGGUACGGGUGUUCGUCAACCAGUUAUAUCAGCCACGUUUGGUGGAAGACAUCAGCAAAAACCCGGAUUUGCAGGCCAUUCGAAUUGCUGCUGUGAACCCCAUCCUGGACCCUUGGAUCUAUAUCCUUCUGCGGAAGACCGUGCUCAGCAAAGCAAUCGAGAAGAUUAAAUGCCUCUUCUGCCGCAUCGGCGGGUCCCGCAGAGACCGUCAGGGACCGCACUGCUCAGACAGCAGGAGGACAUCUUCCGCCAUGUCCGCCCACUCGCGCUCGUUCCUCUCGCGAGAGCUAAAGGAGAUCAGCAGCACGUCUCAGACCCUCCUUUACCUGCCGGACCUCAGUGACAAUGGUCUCGGAGGCAGGAAUCUGCUUCCGGGUGUACCCGGCAUGGGCCUGGCCCAAACAGACACCACCUCGCUGAGGACUUUGCGAAUAUCGGAGACCUCGGACUCCUCCCAGGGGCAGGAUUCGGAGAGUGUUUUACUGGUGGAUGAGGUCGGUGGGAGUAGCAGGCCUGGGCCUGCCCCGAAGGGGAGCUCCCUGCAAGUCACAUUUCCUAAUGAAACGCUGAACUUCUCAGAAAAAUGUAUAUAGUGGCUGAGGAAAGAAACACAGCACUAUUUCUGGAAGCAUAUAAAAUCCUGUGCAAUAGACACAUAAAUGAAGUGUUUCGCUGUGCUCAGAAGGGCUGUUCUCGUCCAUCAGCUCACAUUAAAGAAUAUCUGGGCUCUUUAGCACUUUUCGAACAACCAAGUUGAGUCCUGCGGGACCCAGUGUCUGAAGCACGUUGGUGGUCACUUCACUAGGACACAGAAGUUCCAUCACCGCCUGAUGGCCGGCAAGAUCUACCCUCAGUUUUACUACCUGAUAGGAUGGCGUAAGUUUUGCUAUUUUCACAGCACCCAGAGCUUUAUACCUGGACUGCAGCGGAAGGCCAGGUACAGAAGGGCUCGAUUCCAAUAAACUAUGAGGACUCUCUUAUGACUUAAGUGUUUCACUAAAGCAUGAAAUGUGAAUUUUAUUGUUGUAAAUAUGAUUUAAGGUAUUUAAAGUAUUUUCUUCUCUGUGAGAAGGUUUUUGUUAAUACAAGGUAUAAAGAAAUUACGGUAAUUCCUCUCUUCCCGGUAUAACCAGCUCAAGUUACAGAUGUUAGAUUUUUUUUUUCAUAAACAAGUUCAGGCCAAGGUGUUGAAAAUACACAGGGAGACUCGGAGCUAUUAAAAAAAGAUGAAUUUUUAAGAUAGAGUUUAGGAUUAUAAAAGGAAUAAAUCAAAAUGGGUUUUUUUUUACAUGAAUAUUAGCCCAAAAUUUUAAAGUUCUUUCCAAGCUAUGUAUAAUACAUAGUGAAAAUUUUUAGUGAUGCUGUAUGGAUUUAUCCAGAAAACUGUGAUUUCAGGAGAGGCUAACCUGCUGGUAAAUAUUUUCUACUUUUGUCCCCACUGAUAUUUUUUAAAAUAUAAUGUAAAAUUUUAAGUUUCAAUAAAGAACCCAUAAUUGAAGUGUAUAAUAUAAAAGAAGUCCAAGCAACUUGUUUACCUCUUAAAGUGUUCAUAGUUUUACUUUCCUAAGGAAUGAUCUAGAAUAUCCUUUAAAAUUUAAGAGGAAGGCAGAUUGUAUCAUGAAGGUCUUUAUUUUGAGAUGUGGAAGGAUCACAGAUUUUCUAAGAGUUCGACAACAUACGGGGUGCAGAAGUUGGACACACGAGGGCGCCCUUCUAGUGGUUUUGUGAAUUACCCAGUGAUGCUUUACACAUGUGAAGGACCUUUCUCAAGGAAAUACUAAGCAUGUUUUGUUGCUUGAAGUGUUUUUGUGAAUUGCUUGGUUAUAAUUAAAUUCUGAGCCUGAUAGUGACGUGGUUUUGAGAAGCAGUUGUACCAACUGAAAUUAUUUUGGAGCGUAUAAUAAAUAAAUACACUCAGUCUGAGUUCCAUAUCAUCAGUUUUGGAAAA